AUGUCCGCUGCUACUGUUGGUAAACCUAUUAAGUGCAUUGCUGCUGUUGCGUAUGAUGCAAAGAAACCAUUGAGUAUUGAAGAAAUUACUGUAAAUGCACCAAAAGCGCACGAGGUACGUAUCAAAAUUGAAUAUACUGCUGUAUGCCACACUGAUGCGUACACUUUAUCGGGUUCUGAUCCAGAAGGGCUUUUCCCUUGUAUCCUAGGUCACGAAGGUGCCGGUGUCGUGGAAUCGGUAGGCGAUGACGUUGUGACAGUCAAGCCCGGUGAUCACGUUAUAGCCUUAUACACUGCUGAGUGUGGCAAAUGUAAGUUCUGUACUUCUGGUAAAACCAACUUAUGUGGUGCUGUCAGAGCUACUCAAGGAAAGGGUGUAAUGCCUGAUGGAACCACAAGAUUUCAUAAUGCUAAAGGUGAAGAUAUUUACCAUUUUAUGGGUUGCUCGACUUUUUCUGAAUAUACCGUGGUAGCUGAUGUGUCUGUAGUGGCCAUUGAUCCAAAAGCUCCAUUGGAUGCUGCCUGUUUACUGGGUUGCGGUGUUACCACUGGUUAUGGCGCAGCUCUUAAGACAGCCAACGUGCAAAAGGGUGACACCGUUGCUGUAUUUGGUUGCGGGACCGUGGGACUUUCGGCUAUCCAAGGGGCAAAGUCAAGAGGCGCUUCCAAGAUUAUUGCUGUGGACAUUAAUAACAAGAAAAAGCAAUAUUGUUUUCAAUUCGGUGCCACAGAUUUUGUUAACCCUAAGGAAGAUUUGGCUAAAGGUCAAACUAUUGUUGAAAAGCUAAUUGAAAUGACUGACGGUGGUCUAGAUUUUACUUUUGACUGUACUGGUAAUACCAAAAUCAUGAGAGACGCUUUGGAAGCCUGUCAUAAGGGCUGGGGUCAAUCCAUUAUUAUUGGUGUGGCUGCUGCUGGUGAAGAAAUUUCUACUAGACCAUUCCAACUAGUCACCGGUAGAGUGUGGAAGGGCUCUGCAUUUGGUGGCAUCAAAGGUAGAUCAGAAAUGGGAGGUUUAAUUAAAGACUACCAAAGCGGCGCCUUAAAAGUCGAAGAAUUUAUUACUCACAGAAGACCAUUCAAAGAAAUUAACCAAGCUUUUGAAGAUUUGCAUAACGGUGAUUGCUUAAGAACUGUCCUGAAGUUUGAUGACGAGAAAUAA